ACUCAACAUGACACUAUUAUUGUGUUGACUCAUGGUUGCCUAAUCUUCGUCGUUGACGGAUAUAGGAAUUGGACUGAUAUCCAUUCACUCCAUCCCAGCCACCCAGCCCCACCAUUCUUCUCCCUCCAACAAUGACAUUCUUCUCCCUGAACAAUGGGAGAAGAAGAGAAGAAGAAAAAAAGAGAAACCCAGUCGGGGGAUGGGGAAAAUGAAAAAAAGGGACGAGUCCAAAGCGCACAGAAGAAAUUUUAUCCACCAUUGGUGGCAAUGCAAACGGCCGCGGGCUCGUGCAUGAGGAUAAUGCAGGGCCCCGAUGCUAUCUACAUCCACUUCUCGAGUCAGUCUAUACUUUUUUGUAGUUGUCUUUGCUGUAGAUGGAAGUAAAGAUAUCCAUAAGUACAAUUCCAUUGUAUGUCCAUUGCUAUCUGCUAUCUAGUAUCUAGAGCUAGCUACUCG